AUGGCCACACAACACCAGGGAAGUAUGCCAACUUCUCAUUUCCAGGAUCCAUCCACGGGGGGUAGCACACCUAUGCCCUUCUUGGGAGACAUGCUGGCAGGAGGUUCUUUCAAGGGACUGGCGGUUAACAUCAAACACUGGACGCCGAAACAUCCAUACAAGGUGAUAUCAGCAACGCCCGAUGGUAGCAUGAAGACAUUUGUCUACCACUUCCCUAAAUUUGCACGAAUCUCUGAAACGACCGGGAAAUUACCCAAUACGAUGGUCCCACUUUUUGCCAGGGAAGUCGUUAGACUCCUCUACUGUUCUGCCUCGUUCGAUCAUGAGUCAAUCACGGACGCCAAGUUGAAAUUCUACACGGCUGAUAAUCCACAUUCCUCAGAAGAAACAAAUGAUCAUUGUAAGAGAGGGCUUGACGUCAUUGAGGGAAAGAGAGGAGAGGGGGGAAAAAGUGACAACGCUCGAGAGGACUAUGAGUUCUUUAAGGAAAUGUUAACAAAGGCGGCGGUUGAUGGUGAGAACGGUUCGGAUGAAGUAUCUUCGCAGGAGCAGAUAUCGACACUGUUUGACGGAAGGGGGGAAUGGGGUGGCCGGGUCGAUAAAAAAGGAAUCUUUGCCCUGUCUUUGGAGGACACGAUCCCUGCACCAAUGAUCUCUGAACGUGAGGUGGGCGAUAUUGAGAGCCGAUGGGUCUUUGGCGGUAUGUUGUAUGCUGAUUACGGUCACGAUCACGAUCACGAUCGAUCUAUCUACCAAAAUAUGGAAGUGGACGGCCCAGCCGACGGCGAUGAGGGGAGCGGAGAUAGGAAAGUAGCUCACCAUGGGAAAAUCUCAAGGUAUGGUCGAUACGGCGUACCAGUUCUGUAG